AUGUCCAGGAUUCCUGGAGUUGGAAGAUACUCGACUUCACCAUCUUUGGAGAACAAGGAAGAAAAUGAAAAUGAUGUGGUCCCUCCUAUUAGUCCUUCCAAGGACCCUGACAGAGGACACCCAGAGCAGCUGGCACAACCAGAGUCCUCUGACCUUGGCCUAAGCAUGCAGGCCCCUCCUUGCAGCCUCCCUGCUGGGCUCAGCCUGGACGACUUCAUCCCUAGUCACCUCCGAGCCCAUACAGGUUCAUUCUCGAGAGGGAUACGGGUUCCUGUGAUCCGGAAUGGUGGCUCCAACACCCUUAAUUUCCAGUUCCAUGACCCCGCACCCCGGACCGUGUGCAAUGGGUGCUUCCCACAGAGGAGAGAUGCUCCCCUGCACCCAGACACAGCCUGGUAUCAGACUUGGCCGGGUCCCGGUAGCCGGCCAUUGGGGAGCCCGAAGACCCCUACCCCUCAGCAUGCUCAGAAUUGGUCAGCCACAUGGACUAAGGACAGUAAGCGCCGGGACAAGCGCUGGGUCAAAUACGAGGGAAUCGGGCCUGUGGAUGACAGCGGCAUGCCCAUUGCUCCCCGAUCCAGUGUUGACAGUCCCAGGGACUGGUACCGGAGAAUGUUCCAGCAGAUUCACAGGAAAAUGCCAGUGGUUUCCUUUUGUGUCUCCUCAGUAGAUUCAACUCAUCCCGGACUCCAGCGAAGACCUGCCUCCAGGACAGGACCCGUGGCAAGGCAGAGCCUAAGAAGCUGGGGCCUCUCUGAAGAAUUUCCUGGAAACACCUUCAACUGUAAUUCUGGAGCAUCUUCUUCUCUGCUCCAGACCCCAAAUCAGGUGCCCAGACACAGAGAGAGAGUAGACAAUGUCUGGAAGGAAGACUCCUGGAAUCAAUUUAUGCAAGAACUAGAGACUGGGCAGAGACCAAAGAAACCGCUGGUAGAUGAGCCUGUUGAUAAAACCUCUCAGCCCAUUGAGGUCCUGCUGGAGAGAGAGUUAGCCAAGCUGAGCGCGGAGUUGGACAAGGACCUGCGGGCAAUUGAGACCCGACUGCCCUCUCCUAAGAGAUCCCAGGCGCCCCGACGGUCUCCGGAGCAGCGGCCCCUGGCCCGCCCAGCCUCAGCCUGGAGCUCCAGCUCCCCGCAUGCACUUUACCCUGGUCCCACCCGAUCCUUGAGCCCCCACAGAAUGGCAGAUGGAGGAAGCCCCUUCCUGGGUCGUAGGGACUUUGUCUACCCUUCCCCAACCCGAGACUUUAGUGCCUCUGAACCAGGGGGCAGCCCAGUCAGGAAGGAAGAAAAGAAGAUGAAGGCUGCCCGGCUCAAGUUUGACUUCCAAGCACAAUCCCCCAAGGAGCUGACUCUGCAGAAAGGUGACAUUGUCUACAUCCACAAGGAGGUGGACAAGAACUGGCUAGAGGGAGAACACCAUGGCCGGCUGGGUAUCUUCCCUGCUAAUUAUGUGGAGGUGUUGCCUGCAGAUGAGAUCCCCAAACCCAUCAAGCAGCCGACCUUCCAGGUGCUGGAGUAUGGAGAUGCCUUGGCCCAGUACAACUUCAAGGGAGAUUUGGAUGUGGAAUUGUCCUUCCGCAAGGGAGAACGUAUCUGCCUGAUUCGCAAGGUCAAUGAGAACUGGUAUGAGGGACGCAUCUCAGGCACCGGGCGCCAGGGUAUCUUCCCUGCCAGCUAUAUCCAUGUGUGCCGUGAGCCCCGGCUCCGGAUCUGUGAUGACAGCCCCCAGCUCCCUGGAUCCCCCCACCCAACCACCACUGCUCAUCUGGCCCGGAACCCCAGCUCCCCGUCGACCCCACGUAGAACAACCGACCCCACUGACUGGAGGGGACAGACGUCCCCCCGAAACACCGGCUUCUCUUUCCCUACCCAGGAACCAAGACUGCAGUCCCAGCGUCUCAACACUCCUGAGCCAGCUCUGUCCCAUCCGCGAGGUACCAGCCAUUCCCUGAACCUGGGGGUCUCCUCAUCCAACACCACACAGAUACACUGGACCCCAUACCAGGCGAUGUACCACUACCGGCCCCAGAACGAGGAUGAACUGGAGCUGUGGAAGGGGGACCGGGUGGACGUCAUGCAGCAGUGUGAUGAUGGCUGGUUCGUGGGUGUCUCCCGGAGGACCCAGAAAUUUGGGACAUUCCCUGGAAAUUAUGUAGCUCCGGUGUGA